ACUUAAGAAAAUUCGCGGAAGUGGCUGAAAGGUAAAACGUCACCAGCGAGUUAUUAGUUUCAAACUUCAAAAAGUUGGCGUAUAAACCUGAAUAAUGCAUCAUUAAAGCAUGCUAAAGAACUUGUUUUGAGUUAUUGACAGAAUACCUAAAGUAUGUUUAAGGACUGGGGAACGUGGCUUGGAAUAGAAAACAAAAAUGGCCAGGUUAAGGAAGACGGCGAGUCUAUUGUUGAUGUUCAUGAAGACAUCGAUCAUGGCAUAAACAAGCGGCAGACUGCUGUUGCUGAAAGUGAGCAGACCAGUGCUGUUGAGGAAGAUGCUCAACCGCCUCAACUUCUCCAAAAAGCAAAGGGCUUCAGUGGUUACUUUUAUAAUUUAGCCAGCAGUGCUUCAAAGAAACUCUCGGAGUCCGUCGUUGAAACUGCACAAACUCUAAAGAAAAGUGUGGAGGAGGGGAAGAUAAACGGAAUUAUUGAUAAGACCAUUUUGGGUGAUUUCCAGAAAGAACAAGAGAGAUUUGUUCAGGAGAGAAAAGCAAGAAACUCUGGUGAAGCCGUGCCACCAUGGGUUGGUUAUAAUGAAGAGGAAACCAUGCAGCAACAGAUUUUAGCGCUCUCAGCUGACAAAAGAAAUUUUUUGCGAGAUCCUCCUGCUGGGUCUCAAUUUCACUUUGAGUUUGAGCAAAUGUAUCCAGUCGCCAUGGUGAUGUUGGAGGAAGAUGUGCUCCUUCAGAAGAUGCGUUUCCAUCUGGUUCCCAAACAGGUGAAAGAGGAAGUGUUUUGGAAGAAUUACUUCUACCGUGUGUCCUUAAUAAAACAGUCAGCUCAGCUCACAGCUCUAGCAGCACAACAGGCUGCUGAGCAGAGAGAUGUGGAGAAAACUGGCACGAGUCCUGAGGCUGUUCAUCAGAAGGCUGUAGUUAAACGGAAAACUUCACCUGCCAUCUGCAGUAACAAACCAAAAUCAAGUGAGGAUGAAGAGGAAGUCUCCACCAGCCCGCCUGUUUCUGAAUUUGUGAGUGAUGCCUUUGACUCUUGCAAGAUAAAUGAGGACGACCUACGCAAAGAAAUGGAACAGCUGGUUCUGGACAAGAACGAACAUCCAAAGGCACAACAAGAAGAGGCUGCUGACUGGGAGAGAGAGCUGCAGGAGGAACUUCAGGAGUACGACGUGCUGCCCGAUAAUGAGAACUGUGAUGAAAACUGGGACAGGGAGAUUGAAGAGAUGCUAAUGGGGGACAGUUAGAGCACUUAGACUGCUCCAGCCUUCACUGUUUGAAGGACACAUUUAAGGUCAGAAACAGCACGACUACACAUUUAAUGUUCCCAGUGGAAUGAUUCAUUUCAAUAUUGGUCCUCUUAAGAACUCUCAAGAUGGAGAAAUACCACUUAACAUCAUUAACAUUGUACUAUUUCUGUGGCCUGAGUAGUUCUUUGAGUAAUUAUUUACUAUUGUCUUCUGCAGUUAAAAGAAAAGGAGAUAUUGUACUGCAUGUCAAGCUCAUAAUGUGAAACUGAGGCACGCCUCCAUAGAAAAGUGAACAGUCAUACCACAUCAAAUUAGCAACAAAACCAGUUAGUAUAUAGACUUGAGUGAGGAUGCAUUUAAUAUCUUAAAAGAACUGUUCAUUUGUAAGAAGAAGAAUUUACUAUUCCUUCUCCCUUUUAAAGGUGGGGUAAGCGAUUCUAAUCCAAUACACGUCUUUUUGUCAAAUUCAGCUAAUGUCUCUUCACUAGCUGUCUGUUCUGUGUGUGAGAAACAAACAAAGUGGCUCGGACUAAGCCAUACAACACUUUUUCAGCCAUUGUAGCUGUGGUUUGUGUGUCAGGUAACUUUAAAUGACUUGCCCACGGACAUUCAGCUUAAUUUCUAGUUUGCCUAAAUAUGCUGUUGUUAAGAUGUUAGCUAUAUUAACUGGAGUAUCAUUGUCUGGAGCUGCUGUGCUGCCUCGUCCUCUCUGCAUGUUCGCUUUGCAGCAGCAACUGUAGCAACAGUUUGCUAACCCACAACCUAGCUCACGUUAAGUACAGUACUUGCUGUGUCGUUGUUUUUGUCAUGGGAUUGGUCUGACUGGAUCCAGAAUGGGUGGAAAUCUGACUGAAUGGGAGGGGAGCCAUGCGCACCUGCCAGAGCGACUGAAACAUGAGCUCGCAGAUUCGUCUGGUUGACAGGCUACACAAAUACCAUUAUGAUGAUUUCACAUUCAUCCUGCGUAAAACGAGCAGGUGAUGAAUGAACAAAUACAGCCGAACUGUUCAAAUCAAAGACUCGGUAUGACAUUAUAGACCAGAAGUUUUGAUGCUUCUUCUUCUUCACUAGUUGUCUGUUGCCAAAAUAACAUCAACCAAGUCAGGUGACCAGUAAAGUAUAGUUUUGAAGAAAGUUUAUCCUAUGACUGAGCCAACUCUUUUUAAAAAAAAAUAUAAAUGGAUAUGAUGCAUGUGUUUGUUUGUAAUAAUAGCCAAUUUUAAUAAAAUCUAAAAAUGUGCUUUACAGUAAAGAAUGUAAUACACAGUGUAUGUUAUACCUGUAAUGGACCUAGGGCACUGUGGAUUUUAUCAAAAUGAUAAAAUGGAUGACUGAACACAUAUUUUUUGUAAUGAAAUGCAUUGUCCAAACAAGCUUUGCUUUCUUCCUGUUCACACUAGAGUUGAUUCAGGAAAAUAGACCCCAAAAUCCAUUGUCUUUGUGUACUUUCUGUAUAUGCACACUUCACUGUAGUGUUACAUUCCCAUUAAACCUGAUCAUUUAUUACUGUCUAAAA